GAAAUAUUCGUUCAAAUUUAGACAUUCGGUUGGAAUAUGAUGAUCAUGAUUUAUGGGAAUCAUUAAGGCGAGCUCGUCUUGUUCAUAUGGAGAUAGAAGAAAACUUACCAAACAGACAAUCCUUAAUCAUUGGGCCGAUAACAAGUUUAGAAGAUCCAGUAAAUGAAGGCG